CUAGGCGCAACUAUAAGAGAAUCUGAAAUGAAAUUCUUUUUCUUCCUCAAUCUUAUUCUCACUUUAUUUGGUUGGUCACUUUUGUUCCUGAAAUAUUCACACAGUUCGUGUGUUUUUUCUCAGAAAUCGAAUCUCUCAUUGAAAACAACUUCGGUGUCAUUGAUUCCGGGCAGAAAAUGGAAGUCAAAGAUUUGGAAUUUGCAGUUAAUGGAGAGAGAUUCAAAAUCAACUCUGUUGAUCCUUCUACGAGUUUACUCGAGUUCUUGCGAUCCAACACUCCUUUCAAGAGUGUCAAGCUUGGUUGUGGCGAAGGAGGGUGUGGUGCUUGUCUUGUAUUAUUAUCAAAAUACAAUCCAGAGUCAGAGCAAGUGGAGGAAUAUAGUAUAAACUCAUGCCUCACUCUUCUCUGUAGUGUAAAUGGAUGUUCCAUUACAACAUCUGAAGGUCUUGGAAACACAAAGAAAGGAUUCCAUCCGAUCCACAAGAGAUUUGCCGGUUUUCACGCCUCUCAAUGCGGUUUCUGCUCACCGGGGAUGUGCAUUUCUCUCUACUCAGCUCUUGCUAAUGCUCAUCGUAGUAACAGCUCAGGCCUCACUGUUUCAGAAGCUGAGAAAUCCGUCGCUGGAAACCUUUGUCGAUGCACUGGUUAUCGUCCCAUUGUCGACGCUUGUAAGAGUUUCGCUGCUGAUGUUGACAUUGAAGACUUGGGGUUUAAUUCCUUUUGGAAAAAGGGAGAGAGCAGAGAGGUUAUGUUGAAGAGUUUGCCUCCUUACAAUCCAAAAGAACAUCUUGUGACAACAUUCCCUGAGUUCUUGAAAAAGAAGAAGAAGGUUAAUAAUUGUUUGGAUCAUUCGAGGUAUCAUUGGACAACUCCUUUUAGCGUAGCUGAGCUUCAUAACAUAUUGGAAUCUGCUAAUUCUGGUGACUCGUUGAAGUUAGUUGUGGGCAACACGGGGACGGGUUAUUACAAAGACAAGGAGCGGUUUGAUAGAUAUGUUGAUAUCAGCCAUAUUCCGGAGAUGUUGAUGAUCAAGAAAGAUGAGAAAGGAAUUGAAAUCGGAGCUGCUGUAACCAUAUCAAAAGCUAUCGAUGCUUUGAACGAGGAAAGCAAAUCUUCCUACAUUUUCAAGAAAAUGGCAACUCAUAUGGAGAAGAUUGGCAACCAUUCUAUAAGGAACUCAGGGAGUAUUGGCGGUAAUCUAGUCAUGGCUCAGAGCAGAAAGUUUCCUUCUGAUAUCACCACGCUUCUGCUCGCUGCAGAUGCGUCGGUGUAUAUGUUAAAUGGCAGGAAAACAGAAAAGCUUAGGCUACAGGAGUUUCUUGGAAUGCCUCCUAUAUUAGACUCCAAACGAGUUCUUUUAAAGGUUGAGAUUCCAUCAUGUACUGCUCUUUCUGGCGAUGACACUGAUUUGUUCUUUGAAAGCUAUCGAGCUGCACCUCGCUCUAUUGGAAACGCAUUGCCGUAUGUUAAUGCUGCUUUCUUUGCUCUAGUGUCUCGCCAAGAACCAUCAAGAAAAGGCGUAAUGGUGAAGAAAUGCUUGUUGGCAUUUGGUUCUUAUGGCGGUGAUCAUUCAAUCAGGGCAACAGAAGUCGAGGAUUUCCUGACAGGUAAAUUGCUCAGCUACAGUGUUCUGUAUGAAGCUGUGGGUUUACUUAGAGGAAUCAUAGUUCCGAGCAAAGAUCCCGAGUAUAGGAAAAGCUUGGCUGUUGGAUUUCUCUUUGAGUUUUUCUAUCCACUGAUCGAGAGUAGCAGUAGAAUAUGUAGUCUUGAUUCAGGAGAAAAGCAUAGCAACGGCCAUGUCGAUCCUGCAAGAUCUCUUUCUUUCCUCUCAUCUUCACAGCAAGUUUUAGAGAGCAAUGAAUUCCAGCCUGUCGGCGAAGCGGUUAUCAAAGUUGGAGCUGCAUUACAAGCUUCUGGUGAGGCUGUUUUUGUUGAUGAUAUUCCGACUUUACCGGACUGUCUACAUGGAGCAUUCAUUUAUAGCACAGAGCCUUUAGCAAAGAUAAAAAGGAUAAGCUUCACUGAGAACGUGACUCCAACUGGAGUUUUCGCAGUUCUUACUUUCAAGGACAUUCCACAAGAGGGACAAAACAUUGGUUCCAAGACCCUUUUCGGUCCAGGACUUUUAUUUGCAGACGAAGUAACUCGAUGUGCUGGUCAAAGAAUUGCUCUUGUGGUUGCAGACACACAGAAACAUGCAGACAGGGCAGCAAACCUUGCAGUAGUUGAGUAUGAUACAAAGAGUUUAGAAGAACCAAUAUUAACUGUAGAAGAUGCGGUCAAAAGAUCUAGCUUUUUCGAGGUUCAUCCCAUGUUUUACCCGGAACCAGUCGGUGAUGUUAUGAAAGGAAUGAAAGAAGCUGAGCGAAAGAUACUGUUAGCUGAGUUUAGGCUUGGAUCUCAAUACUUCUUCUAUAUGGAGCCACAAACAGCACUUGCCCUGCCAGAUGAAGACAACUGUGUAAAAGUGUUCAGUUCAUCGCAAGCACCUGAGUACGUUCAUUCGGUAAUCGCUACAUGCCUUGGCAUUCAAGAGCAUAACGUGCGAGUCAUCACCAGAAGAGUUGGAGGUGGCUUUGGUGGUAAAGCUGUAAAGUCAAUGCCUGUUGCAACAGCAUGUGCCCUGGCUGCUCACAAACUGCAGCGUCCUGUUAAGAUUUAUCUGAACCGCAAGACCGAUAUGAUAAUGGCAGGAGGAAGGCAUCCGAUGAAAAUAACUUACAAUGUUGGUUUCAGAUCAGACGGGAAGCUCACAGCACUGGAGCUGACAAUGCUAAUAGAUUCAGGGAUGGAGCCGGACGUAAGUCCCAUCAUGCCGCGGAAUAUAAUGGGCCCGUUAAGGAAGUAUGACUGGGGAGCCUUGUCGUUUGACGUUAAAGUGUGCAAGACGAAUCUCCCUAGUAGAACAGCGAUGAGAGCUCCAGGGGAAGUACAAGGUUCUUACAUUGCGGAAUCUAUUAUUGAGAAUGUAGCCUCGUCUCUUCAAAUGGAUGUUGAUGCAGUGAGAAAGAUAAACCUUCAUACUUAUGAUAGCCUCAGAAAGUUCUACAAGCACAUUUCCGGUGAUCUUGAUGAAUACACACUGCCUCUACUAUGGGACAAACUAGAGAUAUCUUCAGAAUUCAAGAAAAGAGCUGAGAUGGUUAAGGAGUUUAAUAUGUGUAACGUAUGGAGAAAGAGAGGGAUUUCUCGAGUACCCAUUAUCCAUCAAGUUAUGCAGAGGCCGACACCGGGAAAAGUAAGCAUUUUGAGCGAUGGUUCUGUAGUGGUUGAGGUUGGAGGGAUUGAGAUAGGACAAGGAUUGUGGACCAAAGUACAACAGAUGGUUGCUUAUGGUCUCCGUAUGACCAAAUGCAAAGGAAGCGAGAAGCUGAUGGAGAGAAUACGGGUUGUUCAGUCCGACACGCUCGGUUUGAUCCAAGGAGGUUUCACUGCCGGUAGCACGACAUCCGAGAACAGCUGUGAAGCCGUUAGGCUUUGCUGUGCUAUCUUGGUGGAGAGGCUGAAACCUACAAUGGAUCAAAUGUUGAUGGAGAAGUCAGGUUCCGUGACAUGGAACAUGCUUAUUCAACAAGCGUAUGCUCGGUCGGUGAAUUUAUCGGCGAGUACAUUGUAUAAGCCAGAGUUUUCUUCCAUGGAAUACCUCAACUAUGGGGUUGGAAUCAGUGAGGUGGAGGUGGACCUUAUGACAGGAAGAACCGAGAUUUUAAGAUCCGAUAUCAUUUAUGACUGUGGGAAAAGUCUUAAUCCUGCAGUUGAUUUAGGACAGGUCGAAGGCGCGUUUGUUCAAGGAAUUGGUUUUUUCAUGAUGGAAGAGUACACUACAGAUGAGAAGGGUCUUGUGUUGCAACAAGGUACUUGGGACUACAAAGUUCCUACAGUUGAUACCAUCCCAAAGCAGUUCCACGUCGAGCUUCUCAACACUGGACAUCACAAAAACCGCGUUCUCUCCUCCAAAGCUUCGGGUGAGCCGCCUUUGCUUCUGGCGGCUUCUGUUCAUUGUGCAACGAGAUCAGCCAUUGGAGAAGCUCGGAAACAGUCCCUUACAUGGAACUGCAAUGAUGGGAAUAGAGACGGGUCUGGUACUGAUUUUGAGCUGCCGGUUCCAGCAACUAUGCCAGUGGUGAAGGGUCUUUGCGGAUUAUAUAGCGUAGAGAAGUACUUAGAAAGGAAGAUCUGUGGGAAAUAAUGGCAAACUCUCUCUUUGCUGCUUCUUUAGAGCGUUACUACACUCUACACCGACUACACAAUAAUGUUGUCUUUAAAGAUUUCAUAUAAAUAGGGAAAAUAAAUAUUUAGGUGCGUCUUUUAUACAUGUAAUUAGUGUUUCUAAACCAAAUCAAGAAACCAAUUCGAAAA